UGGGCGUGGCGUGAGCGGGCUAGGCGCGCGGGGUGGCGCGCCCUGGCCGUUUCCUAGGAUACGAAACACACAGGGCGCUGGAGCUUCACAAGGGAGCGAUCGAGGGUGUCCAUAAGAAUGGACGAAGUGUCUCUUUGCCAGCUUCCUUAUUGCUGUAUCUCAUGAGCCUGCCUGAUCUUGAGGAGGAGCCGUGUUUAAUGAUGACAAGCCUGUCUCCAGUGUAGCAACAAAAAGGAGGAGGACCACACAUUAAAGAAGUAUUUAGAGUUCCACUCGACAAGGAAGAGAUCUCCGUCGACAACCUCUGCUGGAUUCCCUCUUCCCAAGAUGAAUCGAUACACAACCAUGAAGCAGCUGGGAGACGGCACGUAUGGGAGUGUACUGAUGGGCAAGAGCAAUGAGUCUGGAGAGCUGGUGGCAAUCAAGAGGAUGAAGAGAAAGUUCUAUUCUUGGGAUGAGUGUAUGAACUUGCGAGAAGUUAAGUCCCUGAAGAAACUCAAUCAUGCCAACGUGAUUAAACUAAAAGAAGUUAUCAGAGAAAAUGACCAUCUUUAUUUUAUAUUUGAAUAUAUGAAAGAAAACCUCUAUCAGCUGAUGAAAGACAGAAACAAACUGUUCCCUGAGUCAGUCAUCAGAAAUAUUAUGUAUCAAAUACUACAGGGGCUGGCAUUUAUCCACAAACACGGCUUUUUUCACAGGGACAUGAAACCGGAAAACUUGCUCUGCAUGGGCCCAGAGCUGGUGAAGAUUGCUGAUUUUGGACUUGCAAGAGAAUUAAGAUCACAGCCACCAUAUACGGACUAUGUGUCUACCCGAUGGUACCGGGCUCCUGAAGUCUUACUAAGGUCUUCGGUGUACAGCUCUCCCAUUGACGUGUGGGCCGUGGGAAGUAUAAUGGCAGAGUUAUAUACAUUUAGACCGCUUUUCCCAGGGACAAGUGAAGUUGAUGAGAUCUUUAAAAUCUGCCAAGUGUUAGGGACUCCCAAGAAAAGUGACUGGCCGGAAGGAUACCAGCUUGCAUCCUCCAUGAACUUCCGCUUUCCCCAGUGCAUCCCCAUCAACCUCAAAACCCUCAUUCCCAAUGCGAGUAGUGAGGCCAUCCAGCUCAUGACAGAGAUGCUGAACUGGGAUCCAAAGAAGCGACCAACCGCAAGCCAGGCAUUGAAACACCCAUAUUUCCAAGUCGGUCAGGUACUGGGCCCUUCCGCACACCAUCUGGAUACAAAACAGACUUUACACAAGCAGCUGCAGCCUCUGGAGCCAAAGCCAUCUUCCUCUGAACGGGAUCCUAAGCCUUUGCCAAACAUACUUGAUCAGCCCGUCCGGCAGCCCCAGCCAAAACAGGGCCACCAACCACUGCAGACUAUUCAGCCACCACAGAACACAGUGACUCACCCACCCCCAAAGCAGCAGGGUCACCAGAAACCACCACAAACAAUGUUUCCAAGUAUCGUCAAAACCUUACCAGUGAAUCCAGUCAGCACUCUGGGCCAUAAGGGAGCCCGGAGACGGUGGGGUCAGACAGUCUUCAAGUCUGGAGACAGCUGUGACGACAUUGAGGACGACUUAGGAGCCUCCCACUCCAAGAAGCCAAGCAUGGAUGCCUGCAAGGAGAAGAAGAAGAAGGAGUCUCCAUUUCGGUUUCCAGAUUCAGGACUUCCAGUCUGCAACCACUUUAAGGGGGAAAAUAGGAAUUUACAUGCAUCUGUUUCCUUAAAAUCUGAUCCAAACUUGUCAACUGCUUCAACGGCUAAGCAGUACUAUUUGAAACAGUCAAGAUACCUUCCAGGUGUGAACCCCAAGAACGUGUCUUUGGUAGCUGGAGGCAAGGAUAUAAACUCACACUCUUGGAAUAAUCAGCUCUUUCCUAAGUCGCUGGGAUCCAUGGGUGCGGACCUUUCUUUCAAGAGAAGUAACGCAGAAGACAGCAUAAUUAAACCGAUUGAAAACCUGUCAUGCACUGGGAAGUCUGCCGAGCCGCUAGAGGACCCACAAGGAAACCUUGGGAGCUACACCACUUACAACCAGACGGGAUACAUGCCUUCCUUUCUCAAGAAAGAAGUGGGAUCAGCUGGCCAGAGGAUCCAAUUGGCACCCCUUGGUGCGUCGGCUUCGGACUAUACCUGGAGCACAAAAACUGGACGGGGCCAGUUUUCAGGACGAACUUACAAUCCCACAGCCAAAAAUCUCAAUAUUGUGAACCGCACACAGCCAGUCCCCUCGGUGCACGGGAGGACAGACUGGGUGGCUAAGUACGGAGGCCACCGGUAGGAGAGAGAAGUGGAAGCCCUGACGAAUUGCUCCGCAGAGGACGAUCAAGCCCCUUGAUCCUGGGAGACUUCUACAGAGUCCAUUUCUACCGAGUUCCACAAGACGCAUGCAACCGCGGGCGCCUCAAAGAGCAGAGGUCAGCUCCUGAUCUCUUCCUUUUCCGGAAAUGCAAUGCAUUUCCUUAACUUGUGGCCAGCAGUGCUGAUGCAGCACCGUGCUGAAACUUUUAAAGAGUAUUGAAUAAAUUAUUUGCCAAAGUAUCAAGUAUUUGACCUACCAAUUCUAGAUAAAUACACAGGCUUUUAGAGAAUGACUCUGGGAAGUUGCAUAGUAGGCUAAGCUAUUGAGGUUCUGGUCCCUCGCAGGGACCUGACUGAUUUGCCUCUGCUCGCUUUUCAUAGUGGGGAGGCUGGGGCUGAGUUACUGGACUGACUUGGCAAAGCAUCUGCUCUCCCACCUUGGCAAUGUCAGAAAGACGGUAACUACCUUUCAGGUUUUCUACGUUUGAAACUGUGAGAUCAGUGAGCGGGUGCAUCUUAGCGGGGUAUCUUUCUUAGAGGCAAACCUCUCUCUAGUCUCUCUCAGAGUAUGCCCAUCUCGUUUUAGUCCUGUUGUUGGACUUUGACCAAACUGUGAACUCCACAAUGACUGUCCAUCUCUAGCUUGGUGAGUUCCACAUUAAUCACACCAGGGUUCUCUUGUCAGUUCAGCAUUAAGGACGUGCUUGAAACCGUAUCUGAUGCUUGGCCAUCUGACUCUCCCAACUCCUGUUCCCGUGUGUUCCUACCUGACACAAAGGUGAAGCGUGCCAGCUGGUCCUCAGGCAAACCCUCACUGCUGCCGGUCACUGACUAGCCUCUGACCCUCACAUUAGAGCCGCAGGGCACACGCACUCAGUUGCCAUGACAGAAUUUCAUGCAGUUUAUUGUUCCUACUUUUAUACCAAAAAAAAAAAAAUGUUUUUUAAAUAGAUAUUUUGAAGUUAGGACUACUUUAAACCUGCCACUCACUGGGCUGGGCAUGAUUAGUACUGUAUAUUUUUUUGAAAGAAUAAUGUUAUCGCCUGCUGAUAUGUUUAUGUAUUUAUGGCUGUGUAACAGAUGCUGAUGGGACUGGCAUUGUCUUGUGGGCACUGCCCCCAAAGCGCAUUAUCAAAUCAUAUAUUUUUGUAUAGAAGAUAUAGCUGUUCCUAUUUUACAUGUUUAAAAUGUUUAAACUUGAAAUAGUAAUUUAUCCUAGUCCUGAUGGUUAUGUGUAUGUGUACAAGUUUAUUGUCUC